AAUCAAGAAAUUAUUUCCUCCUGGUCCUCCCGACUCCUCUCAUUUCACAGUUCACUCAGACCUCUCUCCUCCUAACUCUCUCCGAUCGUCCUAGCUCCAUACAUCGCUACCCUCCGUCCGUUGCCAUCAUCAUCAGGCUUCGAUCUUCUUUUCCUGACUCACUCUCUGGAAAUCAGUUUCUCUCCCUCCGACGAACAACGAAGUCGAACAACUCGUGUACCCAGCAAGGUUCAUGAUAGGUACAUUACGAGAUUGCGGAAGAAAUUACAGUUUGAGGAAAGAAAACAGGCUAAUAAGAGACGGGGUACUUUCUCCCAAGCUGAGCUCCAUUCCUUCUUUAGACAUUCCCAAGGGCUGAAGAAGCCAAGAAUCACUGCUACUGAAACUGAAAGUUUCCUAAAAUCCCAAAAAAAGUAUGGAAGGAUUAGAACUAUUGAAGGAACUGGCAGAACAAUGGAAGAAACAGGCAGAGCAAUGGUCAUCUCACGCCCUUCAAUACUUUCAUCAGGUUCCGCCCGAGCAGAUUUAUGCUGCUAUAGCGGUCUUGCUAUUCACCUCAUUCUUACUCUUGUUGGUAAGGUUGUUUAAACGCCCAAAAGCUAAUACCAUACUGCUGAGUGGGCUUAGUGGCAGUGGGAAGACUGUUCUUUUCUAUCAACUUCGGGAUGGCUCUUCACAUCAAGGUACUGUCACUUCCAUGGAACCGAAUGAUGGAUAUUUUGUGCUCCAUUCGGAAAAAUCAAAGGGUGGAAAGGCAAAUCCUGUUCAUCUUAUCGAUGUUCCUGGGCAUUCUCGCCUUAGAGCCCAACUAGAUGAUUUUCUGCCUCAAGCAGCUGGGAUAGUAUUUGUGGUUGAUGCUUUGGAGUUCUUACCUAAUUGCCGUGCUGCUUCUGAGUACCUAUAUGAUAUUUUGACUAAGGCGACUGUGGUGAGGAAGAAAAUUCCAGUUCUUAUUCUCUGCAACAAGACAGACAAAGUAACAGCACAUAGCAAGGAAUUUAUUCGGAAACAACUGGAGAAAGAAAUUGAGAAGUUACGGGCAUCAAGAAGUGCAAUAUCAGCAGCUGAUAUUGCAAACGACUUUACCCUUGGAGUACCUGGCGAAGUAUUUUCGUUCUCUCAUUGCCAGAACAAAGUUACAGUUGCAGAAGCGUCUGGUCUAACGGGUGAAAUAUCUCAGGUGGAGCAGUUUGUGAGGGAGCAUGUGAAAUCUUAGGAUGUGUCGUCUCCUCCAUUUGAUGAAUUUGUGAUACUUUUUCUUUGAGGUUGGGUUGAACAUUGUCUAUUGAUGAUUGAAAAAACUGACUAGAUGUGCAAAAUGGGUUCAACUUUUUUUCCAAGGGAAGUGAAGGGAGGAUGGAAGGAAUUCAACAGAAAGGAAGAGAGAGCAAGGAACAAAUAGAUUCAUGAGACGUAAUACCGACGACUGUUUAUGGUUGAUUUAUUGUGCUUAAAUUGAUUGAUUAUGAUGCACGGCUCAACUUGUGCUUAAAUUGUUUCGUUGAUUUUCA